CAUCCUGUCAUUUACCCUUCGUUGGAAUCGAAUGAUAUCGAUAUUAUUCAGUGAUGAAUUAACCUCCGGAGAAUUUAUUUGAUAACCAUGUAGACAGAUCGGAGUACGGACAAUUUUGAAAAUAACGAAUAUAGUUACCUGUCCGUGGUUGAAUUCCAAUGGCUCUUACUAUUCGUCUGCCGAUCUUCAUAGUAACAUCGCACUCUAAGUCAUUAUUGGAACCCUAGCACCGAAGAGGGAAGAAACGGAGACCUAGAAAAAUAAAUGAACAAACAUUCAAUUAGAUAGUGACUCUUAUAAUUUUGAGGACUAGUGGCAGUCAACGUAUUAAUCGGUCGAUUACCAUAGUCGCAACGAGGGUGGUUCCAUGAGUAAUCUCUCGAGGUAGAACGGAAGCAGAAACUCGAAACCCUUCGGUGGUAGCGAUAUCGGAACCGAUAUUCUUUCACGUGCAACGAAACCCGAACACUCGAGAGCCCCAUCUAAAUUUCUGAUCCAACAUCGGAUCCCGAGAACGAAAGAAUGUCCUCUUCCUCCGACAAUCAGUUUUACCGUCAAAGAAAAUUAUACAGACGCAAGAAGAGUAAACUUCACCAUAGCACUCCCGUGGAAACUGCUGCUGGACCAAGCAGUACCAGCAUUUCCACGAUUGAGAAGUAUUCCGCGUCGAGCACGGACAAUAAGCGAAUUCCACAGUUGUCGAAUGUACCGAAAAUAAAGCGAAAGAGGAAAACGAAAAGAAUCCCAAAGAAAUUAGAAACUGAAGAGAAUUCGGACAGCGAUUGGGUGACGAUACAGGAUACCUCGCUUAACGAGAAGGAAAAUGUACAGCCGGACACGAAGACUUCACCGAGACUAUUCUCAGAUUAUGAUUCCCCGGAACAUGUCCGUGAAGCCCAACAUUUCUAUGAUUUUUCCUUCGACCCAUCUGUUCGUCGAUCUCUUCGCUGGGAUACUGACAAUAGGAGUCCGGAGAAGAUCAAGGAUCACGUGGAGCCCUUGGCUACGGUGGAUCUUCCCAGAUUCCGAACUCCUAUUGUUGCUAUCAGUGAAGACGAGGAGGAAAACCGGACGUUCAGAAAGGAGAAUGCAGUGAAGAAAUACGUCAACAGAAAUGAGCGACGAAAACCGAAGCCGAUUAUAAUGACUGACAGGCCUAAACAGUUAUUGGACGAUGUAACGUUUCCUACCACAACUCUGGCUGAUAUACUUUGGGAUGAUCUUGUGGCGAAAAAUCCUAAAGAGAUGAGGCAGUGGGUCAAUCCGUCUUCUACAAAGAAACCGACGAAACAAAAAGACACGGAUUCUGAGGACGAGGACGAUGAAGACUGGAAAACGAAGCCUUUAUGGCCGGAAUAUAAGGUACCAGAAGGUAUGAGCGUCACGCGAGGACACUUUGAUCGUGCUCAGAAGAAAUGGAUUAGGAAAUACGAUCCUCACAAGUUUCCUGAAUCCGAAGAUAAAGAUUUCAAAAGAGACAAAGUAACGGGGGCUCGGAAGAUGACUCUGAAUCAGUACCUUCAGAAGUGUAGGUUGCAGAAGCAAAAUGAGGAAAAAAUAAACAAAAAGCGAGAAGAGAAAGGCAAGAAAAGAAAACAUAAUGUUUGGUCAAUAACAAGACGCAUAAAUUCGUCAGGCGACGAAUUACAAAGAACACAAAUUCAACACAAAGUCGAUCAAGAUUCGGAUCAAGAUUCGGAUCAAGAAUCUAUAUUUAAGAUGAAAAGGAUUUUACGGAAAAGAGAAUACGAGCUAAACAGGAGUCCUGAAAUCCAGCAUGCAAAAAGAAAAAAAACGGUGGAAGAAAAUAAACCUAAGAUAAGGUCUGUUGAAACAUUAAUCGAUUCGCGUUAUAAAAUAAAGCGAAUUGACACUGCGAAGUGAUUUGUUAAUUGAAUUGAAUUUAUUUUGAUAAACGAAUUGAUUCGUGACUUGAAGAAUACAAAAAUUGAUACUAUAAAAUAUAGAAUACGAAAUAUUUAUAGUUGAUAAAUUAAAAAUUAUUCGUAUUCCAUAUUUUACAGUAUUAAUUUUAGUAUUUUUCAAGCUGUGAAUCAAUUCGCUUUAUUUAUUGGUGAAAGAUUUUUUCGUAACUGUUAUUACGGAACAUUUUUUGAUUAUAUGGUGCAUUAUUUAUAUUAUAUUAUGUUUAUAUUAUGUUGAUAUUAUGUUUAUAUUAUUGUUGUUCCAUAGAAAGAGAAUUAUUGUUUUAAUAA